AUGCUCCUCGACCAGGCAAGCUCUUGGACCAGGCAUGCUCCUCGACCAGGCAAGCUCUUUCCAUCACCCCGCCCCAUUCUCCCGCUUUCAAGCACCCCGCCCCAUUCUCCCGCUUUCCAUCACCCCGCCCCAUUCUCCCGCUUUCCAGCACCCCGCCCCAUUCUCCCGCUUUCCAGCACCCCGCCCCAUUCUCCUGCUUUCCAGCACCCCGCCCCCUUCUUUCGCUUUCCAUCACCCUGUUUGAUUCUCCUGCUUUCCAUCACCCCGCCCCAUUCUCUCGCUUUCCAUCACCCCACCCGAUUCUCCUGCUUUCCAUCACCCCGCCCCAUUCUCCCGCUUUCCAUCACCCCGCCCUAUUCUCCCGCUUUCCAUCACCCCGCCCCAUUCUCCCUCUUUCUAUCACCCCGCCCCAUUCUCCCGCUUUCCAUCACCCGCCCCAUUCUCCCGCUUUCCAUCACCCCGCCCCAUUCUCCCUCUUUCCAUCACCCCGCCCCAUUCUCCCUCUUUCCAUCACCCCGCCCCAUUCUCCCUCAUUCCAUCACCCCGCCCCAUUCUCCCGCUUUCCAUCACCCCGCCCCAUUCUCCCUCUUUCCAUCACCCCGCCCCAUUCUCCCUCUUUCCAUAACCCUGCCCCAUUCUCGCGCUUUCCAUCAACCCGCCCCAUUCCCCCGCUGUCCAUCACCUCGCCCCAUUCUCCCGCUUUCCAUCGCCCCGCCCAUUCUCCUGCUUUCCAGCACCCUGCCCCAUUCUCCCGCUUUCCAUCACCCCGCCCCAUUCUCCUGCUUUCCAGCACCCCGCCCCAUUCUCCCUCUUUCCAUCACCCCGCCCCAUUCUCCCACUUUCCAUCACCCCGCCCCAUUCUCCCUCUUUCCAUCACCCCGCCCCAUUCUCCCUCUUUCCAUCACCCCGCCCCAUUCUCCCGCUUUCCAUCACCCCGCCCCAUUCUCCCGCUUUCCAUCCCCCCGCCCCAUUCUCCCGCUUUCCAUUACCCCGCCCAACUGUUGGAAACUUGGUCUCUUCGCCACUCCUCCUGAUUUGUCCCUCCCUGCUCCGUACCUUCUUUCUUCUGUCCCACCCUUGGUCUCCUCUCUCUUCAUGCUUUGGGUUGCUGCCCCUGCCUUUCUCACUUGUAAGCUCCUGGCUCAUUGGACUCUCUCUGGGUCUUCCUAA